AUGGUUGGUGAACGACAUGCUAUUCGCAUUCCAGGAACACUUUUAGAUGAGUUGAGAGAUCAAGAUUAUGCCAAUGACGCGCGAUUUGACACCAACACAAAUAAACGGAAACGGAAAACGCCAGUGGGUAGAAAGGAAAAGCGAAAGCAACAGAGACAGGAAAAACGCCACAAGAGCAAAGGAAACAGCGAGGCUAGAAGCUCGGAAAACAAUGAGAAGAUUGCGGCAAAGAAAGCUCCAAAAGUAGCAAACAAUAAGCCCAAGAAACAAGAUAAACGUCCGCAGGCUGUAGAAGACAAAAUGCCAUUUUCCUCUGACGACGAGCUUUCAGAAGGAGAUUUCGAAGAAUUCGGAAGCGAAGAUCUUGACCAAGAAGAGUGGCAGCAGCUACAGGAGCUGGAACAAGGCGACAGCGACGACCAAAGUAUGGAACAUGAAUCAGAGGAUGGGCAAAGUGAUCACACGGCCGACGAAGAUUCAGAUAAUGAUUUUGCAGAGAUGACCGUUGAAGAGACUAUGGAAGCUCUCAGAAAGGCAAAGGAAGGGAAAAGCAAUUCAAACAAACAGCGCGCUGCACUUGCGACAACGGCGGCUACAAAAGGAGAUUCUUCUCAAGAAGAAUCUGAUGAAGAUAUCGGUGACGAUACGGACGAAGAACUUACGGACGAAUCUGACGACGAGCAAGAGGAAAUGACCGUCGAAGAGACAAUGGCAGCUCUCAAGCGUGUCAAGGAGAACAAAGCCCAAAGUAAAAAGAAUUCCGGUCUUGAUAGAACAUCGCAGAACGAAUCCGAGUUAUCAGAGGAUCAAUCUGACGAAGAAUUCGCUGACGAUAUGGACGAAGAACUUACGGACGAAUCUGACGACGAGCAAGAGGAAAUGACCGUCGAAGAGACAAUGGCAGCUCUCAAGCGUGUCAAGGAGAACAAAGCCCAAAGUAAAAAGAAUUCCGGUCUUGAUAGAACAUCGCAGAACGAAUCCGAGUUAUCAGAGGAUCAAUCUGACGAAGAAUUCGCUGACGAUAUGGACGAAGAACUUACGGACGAAUCUGACGACGAGCAAGAGGAAAUGACCGUCGAAGAGACAAUGGCAGCUCUCAAGCGUGUCAAGGAGAACAAAGCCCAAAGUAAAAAGAAUUCCGGUCUUGAUAGAACAUCGCAGAACGAAUCCGAGUUAUCAGAGGAUCAAUCUGACGAAGAAUUCGCUGACGAUAUGGACGAAGAACUUACGGACGAAUCUGACGACGAGCAAGAGGAAAUGACCGUCGAAGAGACAAUGGCAGCUCUCAAACGAGCCAAGCAAGAGAAAAACAAAGUCGCGAAUGAAAAGAUCUCUGAAACGAAAGCGGCCCUCAAGAAUGCUAACAAAAAGAGCAAGAAAACCUCUGGCAGCGAAUAUGAUUCAGAAACCGUAGCGCCUCCCACACUUACUCCUUCUGAACUGGCACAGGCCCAAAAAGAUAAAUGGGACUACGACUAUUACGCUAAAAAACUUGGUAUUAAAGGCAAAAGUAAGAAACUGAAGGCCUCAGACGAGUUUGAUGCCAUCGGCGGAUUACUCGAAGGUCUUGACUUCUUUGAGAAAUACGGCAGUGAAGGCUCAGAGAGUGAAACAGUGGAAGAGGAUGAGUCCUACAACGACCAAAAUGUGGAUAGUGAGUCUGAAGAAGAGAUCUCGCGCUCUGCCAAGAAUGAAGACAAACCGUUUUCUUCCGAUGAUGAACUCUCAGAAGGAGAUUUUGAUGAAUUUGAUGAAAAUGAUCUCAACGAAGAAGAACUUGAACAACUACGAGAAUUAGAAGACGAGAGCUCCGAUGCAGAAAAGAGCACCAAAAGAGAAAAUCCUUAUGUGGCUCCGGUUGCGUCAGAACCUGCUGCUUACGUACCCCCUUCUUUGAGAAAGAAAAAUCUUGAAGACAAUGAGUCUGAAAGCGUAAUGGAGCUUCGGAAAAAAGUUAAAUCAUCGCUCAACAAACUUUCCGAAUCUAACAUUACAGUCAUCGUGAGUGCUUUGGGACAGAUUUACGAUUCUUACCCAAGACAGCACGUAAAUGACGCACUUGCAAAUCAGAUAUUAGAAGUCGUGUCCCACCGUGAUAAGCUGCUAGAUAGUUUCAUCAUCAAUUACGCCGCUGUGGUUUUCAGUCUAUGGAAGCUCAGAGGUGCAGAAGUUGGUGCAUCAUUCAUACAAAGAUGGGUAGAAAGGCUACUUCACAAUUUUGAAAGAGAUCAGAAAUUAUUUGCGGAGACGAAAGAAGAAAAUGGCGAAGACCUUCCUGUUGUGAUGUCCAAAGAGUGCAAUAAUUCAGUCGCUCUUCUCUCAUAUUGUUACAAUUUCGGACUUGUUUCGUGCCGCUUGAUAUAUGACGUGAUUGAAAUGCUGAUAAAAACUCCAAAUGAAUUCACCACCGAACUGUUGCUAAGAAUUAUCUCUAUUUCCGGUCAAUUAAUCCGUGGUGACGAUCCCAAGGCAUUGAAAGAGAUUAUAUCGGAGCUACUCAGCAACGUUCGAAAUGUCAAGCAGUCGCCUAGAAUGAAAUUCUUGCUUGAGGUCAUGACGGAUCUGAAAAACAAUAGAUUGAAACCGUCGCUUUUGGCUGCCAGUCAUGCAAGUGUAAAAAAGAGUCUUUCUCAUUUUACCAGCGGCGCUUCAUCGACUGCGAUCGAACCACUACAAGUUACUCUAGAUGACAUUCAAAAUAUUGAAACCAAGGGUAAAUGGUGGCUAGUGGGUGCCUCUUGGAAGGGCAACAUGGACUCUGCGUUUGAAGAUAAGAAAAGUUUGAUUACGAACUCCAAAAAGGGCUCCGCAAACAAUAUCAUAGUGGAGGACAAUAUCCUCGAUGAUAUACCCGAUUGGAGCGAAAUAGCCAGAUCUCAAAGGAUGAACACAGAAGUGAGGAGAGCGAUUUUUGUCAGUGUUAUGUCUGCACAAGACUUCAUGGACGCAUUCACCAAUGUCGAAAAGUUGAAUUUAAAAAAUAAACAGAGUUUGGAAAUUCCUAGAGUGCUACUGCAUUGUUUGGCUAUGGAAGGUUCUUCCGGUGCGUACAAUCCAUUCUACGCAUUAUUGGCCGUCAAGUUAAGUCAACAAAAUCACCAUGUCGCAAAGGCUUUCCAGUUCAUGUUUUGGGAUAUGAUCAAAAAAUUUGAGAACAAUGAUGAUUCGGACGACGAGGAUGCACCCUCAGAUCGCGAUGAUGAUCUGAAUGAGGACCAAAAACUCAAGAAGGUAUCUUGCCAAGGUAGAUUUUUUGGCGCAUUAUUGGCAGAGGAAGUUUUAAAAUUAGAGGCCUUCAAACACGUCCCUCUUAUGGGCGGUCUGAACAGUGACGGCAGUCUCUUCAUCGAGAUUCUCGUAUUUCAGUUUUUACUUUCUGUUGCGAAGAAAAGUGAGGUGAGGAAGAAGGUUCAAGGCAAAAAAGCUUUACACUAUGAAGGUUCUAUUUUUGAAAGAAUUGUUAAUCAUAGCUUAAAAUUUGAAAAUAGCUCUACAAUAUUUGCUGCCUUCAAUGUCUUCCUGAACAAGAAAUUCAAAUACCAAACUUUCAUUACCGAACCGGAAGGUACUAAGGGCCAUGAAAGGGAAGUUAGAAGACUAAGCUGGGCUUUGCCAUACUUCACUCAACUGAUCAAAGAAGGAAUGAGAGGCGAGAGCUUUUAG